AUGCGCUCAGAAAUAGGUAAAAUCAACUUGGAUAACGUGUUCAAGGAACGUGAAGCAUUAAAUCUACAAAUCGUGCAUGUUCUGGGCAAGGCAGCUGAACCGUGGGGAAUUGAAUGUCUUCGUUAUGAGAUUCGACCACAGCGGGAGGCCAGCUAUUAUUCCAUCUACAAAAAGCUAAAAAUGCGUGAGGAGGUGGGUCGAGAUUUACUGAUGAAAUCGACUUUGACAUUCCAUUUCGAGGCAUUGCAGCAAAAGGACAACUCGAUCCAGCCUAAAUCUUCUUGA